AUGUUGGGCAGCAUCGAUUGUAUGCAUUGGAGGUGGAAAAAUUGUCCAACCGCAUGGAAAGGUAUGUUCACUGGUCAUUGUCACGAACCUACAAUUAUAUUGGAAGCAGUGGCAUCGUAUGAUUUGUGGAUUUGGGAUGCAUUCUUUGGGCCACCAGGGUCACAUAAUGAUAUUAAUGUCCUAGAACGAUCUCAUGUAUUUUCUGAAAUAACAAGUGGUGAGGGUUAUCCCGUUGACUACUCUAUCAAUGGUCACAACUACAAUAUGGGGUAUUAUCUAGCUGAUGGUAUAUAUCCCCCAUGGGCAACAUUUGUCAAAUCAAUUCAUUUACCUAUGAAUCGAAAGACCAAACAUUUUACUGCUGCUCAAGAAUCUGCAAGAAAAGACGUUGAACGCGCAUUUGGUGUGCUCCAGGCUAGAUUUGCAAUUGUCCGUGGUCCAGCACGAUAUUUUGAUCGUGACACACUUAAUAAGAUAAUGAUGGCAUGUAUUAUUAUGCAUAAUAUGAUCGUGGAGGACGAACGUGAACUUCAUCCAUAA